AUGACUUCAGGGAGGGGGGUACCUACUUUUGUCCAGUACUGUAUAUUAAUAAAGUUCAUCAGUGGUGGAUUAGAAUCAAAAAUCAUUUGUCGAUUCGCUGAGAUGAAUCAAACUGUUUUUUGGACUGGUCAAUUCGUUUCGGGUAUGAUCGAGUUUAAUAAUUAUGAUCAUCAAGAAUUAAGAUUGAAGAGUAUCAAUGCAGAAUUGAUCGGAGAGUUCGUCCGCCUAAAGGCUAUAUCCAAAGGAGUGCGGAGUGAAACGAAAAUAAUAGUCUUCAAAGAAGAACUCAAUCUAUAUUCUAUUAGUGAUCAAGAUAGUUCUCUUCUAACAUAUGAAAAUCAUAAAUGGCCAUUUCGUUUCUUUCUAAAUAAUUUUAUACCACCAUCGAUAGAAAAGAACAGAAUCUCCGAUUCAUAUAUUCAUUAUUUUCUUCGUAUUAAAUUGAUUAAGCCUGAAUGGUAUAAGCGGAACAUUCAAAAAACAAUACUCAUUACUGUUAAACAUGCAUCAUCACCUGUUAAUGCAACGCGAUUUAUGUUAGAAGACAAGAAUCGAAAUAAUGUUUAUCUUCGUAUCAUUCUACAAAAACAAAUCGCCAUUGUUGGGAAGAAUUUUUCAUUUGAAGUUGAUAUACAAAAUCCAAAACAAGCGAUGAUACGUCGCAUAUCAGUUACUCUCACACACUAUUUCGAGUUCGGUUCUUAUCUUUGUCAAAAGCUCAAGCUUAUAGAUAAACCUUUGGAAAAAAUUCGACGACUCCGAAGCAUACACUUCCAUGAUAACUUUCAACUCUAUAUACCACAUACAGCUUCACCAACUUUUUCAUUUUAUCCUCCUUCGGACAAUAAAAAUUUUCCAAUUAGUGUACGCUAUGAACUUCGUUUCGUAGCUACUAUUCGUGGCUUUUUUACCAAUAUUCGUCUACAAGUUCCGCUGAUUAUUAACAGUUAUCCAGAAAAUAAUUGA